AUGCCUCGAAGCAACAAACGUUUUGGAAUCAACUGUCCUCAUAGCGGACAUGCCUCGAAGGAGAGCUUGGGGCGAAACAGGACGAUUGGUGAGGCUCGCCUUUGUCAGGCGGUGCUGUGGCUGAUCUUUAUCAGUGUUGGCAUCGCCUCAUUGGUGCUGGUCUCUUUGACCCUCAGGGGCUACCAGAACAUCAACGAGGGCUUCUCCGGCACCUUCUGCUCGGCCGCCGAGUUGGUCCAGGACAGUAUCAGUGGCACCGAAAACUUCGUUGGGAUGUUGCCGGCCAUCAAUCGCCUUGAAGAAAUUUCGCAAGCCUUGGAUCCCACCAUCCCCAACGGCUUCAUGGAUCAAGUGGGGGGCAUCGUCGGCUCCACCGCCAAGAUCAACACGGCCUACACCCAGGUGGCUCAGAGCCUGAAGCAGUUGCAAGAAGUGGUCUCGCAUGCCGAGAAUCAGGCGCCCACGGGUAUGUACCACACCUGUGCCAUUUGUGCGCCUUUGGCGGAAGUCUUGGCUCCCGUGACCAGUGCCUUUGAGAGUGGUAUCGGAGCUGCCUUGAAGGAUGCACGAGGACAAGUGCAGGAGCAGUUGCAGGGCCAAGCCGCAGCGGACUUGCAGACCUUGCUGAAUGAGGCCAUGACGCCGGUGCGGGAGGCGAAAGAACAGCUCUUGGAACAGGUUGGUAGCCUGGUGGACCCAACUGGAUUUCAAAAGAACACCGAAGCCGUGCACGGAGAAAACUCCAACCUUCGCCCGGCCAUCCUUCUCCUGUUUUUCCUCUUCUUGAUCCUCCUCAUUAGCGGCUGCUGUGCGUUGGGCGGCUUCUGCUGGAAGCACAAGCCCUCGCAGAAAGAUAAGGAUCAUUGCACUGUGCGAACCUGCACCUGCUGUGUGUCCUGCAUGGGUUGCAUCUAUGCCAUUCUGGUGCUGCUCUUGGGCGGCAUUCUGGUGCUCGUUGCCAUGGUUGGCUCCGGUGUCUGCCUGGUCUUGGUGGAGUACAAUGCCGACAUGGCCGAAAAUCUCUUCGCAGCGCUGGGCCAAGAAGUGGAUGACACCAUGCUGAUGGCCAUCAACAUCUCGGACAGGUGCUUGAGUGCCAAUUCCGUGGCUCCUGAUGCCAGCCGCAACCUGGCCGACAUCGUGAUGAUCCAGGACGCCAACGGCGACACGGUGUCGGUCCGUAAGAGUAUCUUCGACACAGCGGUGACUCCCGUCCAAGCACAAUUUGGCCAAGUGCAAAACCUCACGCAGAUGGGCGAUCUCUCCCUCUCUACCAUGCCAGAGUUGCAGACUUUGACUCAGACUCUGGCAGCUCUGGAGAUGAGGGCCUUGUUUUGGCCUGACAGUGCUGCCGUGACGGCCGACGCCUCGCCAUACAAGGACAUGCACCCCGCGUACACUGCGAUCACCUUGAGCUGUGCUGACGUGACACUGAGCAACGACCUGCCAGAUGGCCUCGCCGGGACGGUGACCUUCGGCAUGGACUCCAUGGUGUCGACGGGCUGGACCUAUUCGGGCACCACCUUCGACGCUUUGACCAGCCAAAUGGAUAGUUUGACCUGGACCUGCCCAUCGUUGAGUGCCUAUACCUGCACCAGCGGCGCCACCAGCACGGUGUGCGAUGCCGGUGCUCAGUUCGUGCAGAAUAUUAAGGAGCCACUGGUACCUCGGACGGUGACCUUCCCAAAAUGUGGUGGCUUUAUAUGGUUUAGUAUGGUUUAG